AUGGGGAAAGGUAUCGACAAGAAGGCAGUCGUGCCCGUCGAGGCCACACUCUUGAGCGUCGCCUUGAUAUUCAUUCUUUUACGACUCGACUGGCUACUUAUUGCCUCGGGGGCCGAUGCCAUCGCCCUAUUCGUCAGCGAUGCGAUGACAUACAGUUUAGGAGGAAUGGACGACUAUGACCCAGAUGCCCCUGAGACGCCCGUGGACGUCGAUAUCGCUCUGAUGAAGCUUGCGUUUGCGGGAAACUAUUUUUACGACGCGGGUAUUUAUCUUCCAAAGAUGGCUCUGCUUGCAUUUUACUACAAGCUGGUCCCGCCGAGGAAUAUGAUGCCCAAGUUACGCAAGUACCUCUAUGUUAUCACAGGCGUGACAGUAAUCUUCUUCGUGACUACCUGUUUCUUGGACACUUUUUGGUGCGGCUCUUAUGUGGCAGUCAACUGGGAUCCCGACGGAGACUGUAGCAGUUUUGAUUCGAUGAAUGUUUCCCGAAUCGACUGGGUCCUCAGCAUCUCUGCCGACUUGUUGGGCUUUUCUAUACCUUUCUUUCUGUUGCCGGGACUGCGGAUCGACAAGCGAUAUCUCAUCGGCCUGAUCGUCACCUUUUCUCUGGGCGGCGUCACUGUAGCCGCCAGUGUCGUUCGAUUUGCCACGAUGCAAGCUAUUCAUGCCUGGACGAAUGUUUACGUGCUUUCCAUGGCGGAAAUGGUUGCCGCCAUCAUAGUAGUGUGUCUACCUGCCCUCAGAUCACUCAUCCGCCGCGUCGAGACACACUCGUCGAAGACAGGCGCGACAAGCAACAAGUCUCACGGAAAAGCAUACAAGAAUUAUGCGACGAGUACCGGUCACAUUAAACUAUCAUCCGGUCGGGAUGCCUAUGUGACUUCCACAAACGUCGCUACGGUAGGACACGCAGGCAGCGAAGUAGAGCUACAGGAACUCCCGAAAGGACGCGGCGGGAUUUACAAGACGGAGCGAAUAUCGGAAUGGAUUCUGCUCGCCGCCUCCUACGUAUUUGUUGCCUUGCGAAUCUAUACGCGUCUCUUCCGCCUACGUCAAAAGCUUGACUUGUCUGACUGGCUACUCGUUCUAUCCGCUCUUGAUGCACUCGCUCUCAUCAUUUGCGACACUCUGACCUACCAGAUUGGUGUACUUGACGAGUGGGAGCCGUCUGUGACACUUUCCAAGAUUUCCUUCGCUUCCAAUUACUUUUACGACGUUGGAAUGGGUUUCCCCAAGAUGAGCAUGCUGGCCUUCUACUGGGGCUACUUCGUCCCCAACAUCACAAAGGGCAUGCGCAGGACCCUCUGGUGUGCUGUUGUUUUCGUCUGUCUUUGCUACAUAGCCAUUCUCUGGGAUGACACUUUCUAUUGCGGCAAAGACGUUUCCGUCCAGUGGUCUCAGGAGGAUGGCGCCUGCAGCGUCUUCUAUGCCACACCACCCUUCAUUCUCAACUUCACAUUGAAUUUGGCUUGUUAUCUCGUCGUCUAUGCCCUCCCGGUUGUCCUACUAGUGCAAGGUGUGCUGAAACCUUCCAAGGGUGUCACCCUCACCUUCGUCCUCGGUACCUUGACCAUCUUCACUACCAUUGUACGCUUUGCGUGUCUCAAGAUCGGCACAGGCCAGGAAAACCUCGUUUAUCCAAUGAGCAUGCUUGAGAUUACCCUUGCCAUCACCGUUGUUGCUCUUCCUGGGCUGAAAGAUCUUGUCAGUGGCACGUGCUCGCGGGAUGCCUCACCUGAGACAGCAGAACUCGAUCAAAAGGCUUGA